AUGAGGUUCCCGGGGGUGGAUGACCUGGAGGCGAUGGUCAGGCAGACCAAGCCUCCUGAAGUACGAUGUCAGCCGGGCCCACAAGCUGGUACCCGUGAAGGAGCAGGACAGCUUGGAGAAGCCGGAAGAGGUCUUCAUGCACACUGUGGGGGCCUUCGGCUUCGGGCUACAUGUCUGCUGGCACUUACAAGCUCUAUCACCUGCUAUUCGCUCCUCGGGGCCCACGGUGUGGACUGCUGGAGGAGGAUCCUCUACUGGUUCUUCGUGAUGGACGUGGUAGAGGUGCCGAUCACCUGGAAGAAGCUGGGUUGGAUCGGCUACGAGGCGGACAUUCAGCGCUAUCUCAAGGGGAUAGGAGACAGCAAGGUGGCGUGGGUCCUCAGUUGGAUAAAGGAGGUCAAGGAUGAGGGCAGCAUCUUGGGCAGCCGGAUGAGAUCGGCGCUGGGACUCGUGCGCCCUUUUCUGGGAGUGAUCUUUGCAUGGGCCUCUAGGCUUCAGCCGGGAGGUUUUCAUCAAGUGCCGAUGGCGGUGCAGAUCGUGCUGGAGUUCAUCAAAGUGGAGAUCACUAGGCGCCCUAUGACAGAGCCACGGCCGCUGCCAAAGAAGGUGGACAAACUCUUUCGGGUGGACGCCAAAGCGGAGGGAGAGGUCGGAGGAUGGGAGUCCUUCGAGGGCCGCUCAACCUUUGAUGCUAGGUGGUUCUCCUUGAAGCUGACCCGGAAGACACCCCCGUGGGCCUACGUGAAGGGCGAGCCGUUCCGCGUGAUAGCUAGCCUGGAGCUGAUCGCGACCACCAUACUCGCGGUGGUGCUGAUGGAGUUGGCGGUUCAGCUGGGUGACCUGGGCACGACCCUGCAGCUUGCGUGGACACCCCGGGAGCAGAACGAGGAAGCGGACGCGCUCACCAACUUGGACUUCACCCUCUUCAACCCGGACCUGAGGGUGCAGUUGGAGCUGGACGAGUUGGGCUUCAAGGUGAUUCCAAAGAUCAUGGAGGCGGCCAUGCAGCUGGACGCAGAGAUCAGGCUCAAGAAGGACAAGAAGAAGAAGGUCCAGGAGCACUCCAGCAAGAACGCGGCCAAGAAGCCCAAGAAGGCGGAGAUGAGAUGGAAGGAACCAUGGUGA